UUGUCAACAGAAGCAGCCAUCUUGGAACGCCGCGCACUUCAUUUCGGGACUACGGCGGGAUUCUCAAAUUUGAGGACAGUUUUGAGCGUUUUCAUCUAGAAUGUGUAUGUAGUCCACACUCAGAAUGAGUCAGUAUAUCCAGGUAACCGAGGAUGAAGGCGACGAUCCAAUGGAGGUUCCAAGCGAAGACGAUGGAACUCUUCUGCUGUCAACACUAGCUGCUCAGUUCCCAGGGGCUUGUGGAUUGAAAUAUAGAAAUCCAGAUUCUGGUGCUUUCAGAGGAAUAAGAUUGUCUGAUGGACGUCUUUAUCCACCUGAUGGGAAAUGGGGUAACAGGAUGUUUAUUGCAGUGUUCCCUAAAACUGGAAAUGAGUGCAAGCGUGUGCGAGAAGAAAAUCCGGUUAUUGACAACACUUUGAUUAGGAGGAAACAUGAAAAAUCAAAAUGCAGCGACCUCAUAGUUCUGGGUUUACCCUGGAAGAGUACCGAAGAAGACCUCCGAAAGUAUUUUUCAACUAUUGGUGACCUACUUAUGGUUCAGGUGAAAAAGGACACUAAAACUGGCCAGUCAAAAGGAUUUGGAUUUAUACGAUUUGCAGAUUAUGAAUCACAACAGAAAUGUAUGGCAACGCGGCAUUUGAUAGAGGGAAGGUGGUGUGAUGUGAGGAUACCCAACUCCAAGGAAGGGGCACAAAAUGUAAUGAACAGGAAGGUGUUUGUUGGACGAUGCACUGAUGAUAUGACAGCUGAAGAUUUGCGACAGUAUUUUGGAAAGUUUGGAGAAGUAGUUGAUGUGUUUAUCCCCAAACCCUUUAGAGCAUUUGCGUUUGUAACUUUUGCCGACUCGGACGUAUCCCAGGGCUUAUGUGGUGAGGAUCACAUAAUCAAAGGAGCCAGUGUACACAUCAGUAGUGCUGCCCCAAAGAACUACGACCGACAGAACGACAAAAAGGCAAUUGCGCCAGGGCAUCCCGGGUAUGGACAGGGAUAUGCACAUCACAGCUCUUGGAGUCAGGGAGGGAGAAGCAACACUCAGGCCAUGGCCAACCAGGGCAGUGCCAUGGGGCAUGGCAACAUGCCGAACAACCUGAGUCUGGGUCCGAUUCAGAUCAGUCCUGCUAUGCUGGCAGCAGCGCAAGCUAUGUUAAGUGGUCAGGGGGGAUGGGGCCCCAUUGGUUUGGUCAGCCAGGGCAAUAAUACUGGUACUGGUAUAGGAACCGGUGUUGGAGUCAAUGUGGGUGGCGCCUCGACCCCAAAUGCCCAGCCUACAGUGGAAACCUCAAGCCAGGCUAGUGCUCAGAGCUUUGGAAGCAUCGGGAGCAACAGCCAGGCAACAGCAGUAGCCGCUCCAGUCCCCACAGGAAGUAAUAGUUUCCUGGGGUGGGGCAGCUCCCACUCCCAGGGCAGUGAACCAGGCAGCAGUCCAGGGGUGGGGGGAUGGGGCACGCCUCAGAGUGGUAAGACAGGGGGUACAUGGAACUAACUGGACAAUUUUGAGAAUAAAAUGAAAUGCAUGUGGCAGGGGCAUCUGGAGUUAAUUGCUGUGAGCAAGUCUUGUUUGUGUGAAAGGCUAUACAAAAAACUGUACAUGAUGUGUAUUGUUGUGUUAAGGAUGUUGAUAUAAAUAAGGAUAUCAAGAUGUGAUUGUCUUUGUAUGAAGUGUUCUUAUUUAAGCCACAAGGAUUACCAAAUAACCCAACUCCUCUUCAACUUUGACUCUUGUUUUUAUUCUAGAAUUUUUUUCCCCCUCCAAGAUAUUUUUAGUAUUGUUCUUUGAAGAAAAGAGUAGACUGGUUACUAUAAGUUACCUUUGUUGGUAGAGAAUUUGACUGAGAAAUAUUGUUGAAAUACUUGCACAGAAAGAAAAGUAUUAACUGCGUUUCAUUCACGUUUGAAGGCUGUUUGAUAUUGUUAAGCACCAAAAGGAAAGCAUUAAAAACUUGUGCUGCAUUCUGGCAAAAAUAUAAUUGAAAUUAUAUUAUGUUUUGUAUUGUUAAUUCUCUGUUAAUGGGUUCCAUCACUGCAUGCUUUUAUUAAUGAUACCUCCUUACAAAAGUUGUAUUGAUUACUAAUAUUCACAUUCUUCCUGUGUAUACUGCUGUUUCAAAAUAUCUCAGAUUUUUUCUUUGAAAAUCACCAUUUCUUUGUUUUUAUAUUUGUUAUGAUUUGUAAUCAAUAUGUAUAAUAACAGGUAAAGGCUGUUUAUGUUGACAGAUUUGUUAAGCUUGUAAUAAUUUCGUUUAAAUUACUUUGUGCUUCACAGUCAGUCUUUAAUGCAUGUUUAAAAGGAUUGAUUUCAUCGAUAUCCCAUCAUGAUAAAUACAAGGAAUUCUGAAAUAAUUUGGAAAUUUCUAAUGGUCCAUUUGUAAAUAGUUUAAAAUCUGAAAAUAGUUGAUUUUUAAUUUUAGUGCUAUUUUUCAUGGUGGUUGAUUGAUUUCAGUUUUUUUUAGAAAGUUUUGAAAAGCACAAUUUUAAUACAGAAAUAAAUUUAACUCUUUCACAAAAUUGUUUUCAUUUUAACCUUUUAGAUUUGGAUAAAAUUAAAUGAAAUUGUAUGUUUGAAAUAUUCAUUGUAAACUGGUGAAGCAGUUUUCAAUCAUGAGGCACAAUUUUAUAGUACCUACAUUUUUAUGUUCAAACAUUUUUGUUAACUAGCUAAAAUGAUUAUAAAGGUAGUAGUAAUUAAUCAAUAUCGAACAACAUUUUUAAUUACCUAAAGGAUGCUGAAAGUAUUCAGACAAGAUCAAUAAAAUGUGUUGGAAGCCUUUAAAAUACAUAUAUACUGAUCUGAUGAGGAAAAGUAUAAGAUGUUGAGAUUGACAUGGAAAUUUUAAUUUCCCAUACUAACUUGAAAAGGAAGAUUUUUUUUAUUUCAUGCUUACUUUGAAAUUAAUUCUUUUUAUUUUCAUACCAAGUUUGUCAAAGUUUGACAUGGAAAUGUGAAUUUUUUUAUUAAGCUAAGAAAAAACCUUUUGUCAACUGCCUCAAAUGUGAAAAUUUCCAAACAUUUCCAGUGUUUGUUGUUAAUGUAGUAUUAAGAUACAUAUAAUCAUGAUGUCAAAGAGGGUUGUUGAUUUAGCGUGAUGUGGUCCCAGAUCUUGACGUUUGAUGAUUUCACCUGAAAUGGCCAUUUACCUUACAUGUAGCAGCUUCUAACCAUUGACAUGUUGAGGAACUUGUGGAAUAGAAUCUGGAUAUCUAUGAUAAAGAUUAGAAAUUUGUUAUGCAUUCUGUAUACAACAUCAUAUCUUCUCGUUGAAAAAAGAAGAGAAUCAUGUUAUACUCUUGUUAUCUGCAGUUUGAAACAAAAAUGUAUAGGAUGAU